GAAUGAGGUGUAAAGUGAUAUCAAUAGGUGGAUAUGGCCAGUUUGAUGUCGCUAAUAAGGGUUCUGGUGAUGAAAAUUCAAAAUACGCUAACUUAUUUUCCAAAUCACCUUUAUUUUGUUAGAAUUUAUAUUAAAAGUCACUAUUGACCCACGUAUGCGCUCUUCUAAAUCAGAUAUUUUAUCUCGGCGACGAGAGGUAGACAACGCCGAAGUAUCUACGUAUACACAUUGAUGAUUACCUUUGACACAGGAAAUACAUGCUGGUUUGGCUGUAUAUAGUUUUAGAUAGUUCUCUAUAGAGGCAGCUAAACAUCUCACCACCGUCACAUCGCUUAUAGAGGGUGAGAUUAGAUAUUUAAUAGAUAAGAAUAUACACACAGCUUUACGCUUUCUACAGUGCAAACAAGCCUGUCCCCGCUUGAGCGUAUUCUCAUUUUUGGGCAUGAUUGCUGGUUUGAUGGCGUAACUAAAAUAUAAAAGCCAACGAGGAUGUUUGUUAAAAAAGACUUUGAAAGAUGAAAUAAAAAAUCAACUUCAACGAAUGCUCGUACAAUCAUCUUACCUGAGCGACUGCCUCUAGACAGCCGAAAGUUAAAAUAAUGACAAUUCAUAAGGACUUAUUCAAAGAGAUUAGAAUUGGCGACUUAAAUGUCGAACAUCGGAUAAUUCACGCACCUCUUACGAGAAUGAGAACACAAGGUAAAAACGGCAUUCUGAGAGAUUACGUUACAGAAUACUAUAAGCAGCGUACAACUAAAAAUGGCUUAUUGAUUGGUGAGGCUUGCGUUAUUGCAGAAGAAGCCCACGGCUUGGAUCAUGCCCCCGGAAUCUACAAUGAAGAGCAAAUUGCUGCUUGGAAGAAUGUCACCAAUGUAGUACACCAGCAUGGCGGCUAUUUCUUUGCUCAGAUAUUCGCUUUAGGACGUGUAGCAGUUCCAGAAUUCCUCGACGCUGAAUUAAAAGGUCCAUCUGACGACGUAUACAGAGAUAGACGCGUCAAAGAGAUGUCUGUCAAUGAUAUCGAGAGGUUCAUAGGUCACUUCAAGCAGGCAGCCACCAAUUGCAUUAACGCAGCCAAAUUUGAUGGUGUUGAAAUCCACGGCGCAAAUGGCUACCUUGUCGACCAAUUUAUCCAAAAAAAGACAAACAGGCGCACCGACGCAUACGCAGCACAUACUCUCAAAUUCCCUAAGGCAGUUCUUGCUGCAGUAGUUGAUGCAAUUGGAGAGAAAAAAACUGCUAUUCGUAUCUCAGCCUUUUCUGCAUGGCAAGGGAUGAGGGAAGAUAAUCCUAUGGAAACUUUUGUACCAUGGUGUGAACAUAUUGUCAGCACCUACAAGAACCUUGCAUAUGUCCAUUUUGUUGACCCAUUGAUUGGCUCAUCGGAAGAAGAUUUCAAAAAUAGCGACACUUUAAAAAAAAUCAUCAAAGAUGGUGGUUUAACAGUGAUAAGUAACACUGAUUACUCAUUAAAAACAGCAAAUGAAAGAGCGGCCCAACCAUACGACGAAGGUGUCGCGUUCGGAAAGCUUUUCAUCUCAAACCCAGAUUUGCCACAUAGAGCUCUCAAGAACCACCCUCUCAAUGAAAACUACGAUCGUACAUCAUUCUACGGUGGUACAGAGGUCGGUUAUAUUGAUUACCCAUAUUACCAAUGAUAAACGUGUACAGCGAAAUGCUUUUAGCGCUUCCCUAUGCAUACACAUAUAUUUGUUUUGAUUAUAUAUGCUUUUAUUCCG